CGGACUUCCGAGCAACACGGGCAGGGUGGGAAUGGUUCUCUGCCGCUGAUGGGGACAUCGAGCUGGUCUCCAGGCCCUUUCCUCGCUAACAUCCUCAAUCCAGGAGGGGGCCAUGAACCGGCCCACGGACCAGGAGAUGAUCGAGCUGAAGAACCUGGGGCUGGAGAAGCAGCUGGACCUGACUCGAGGCCCGCGAGGCACGUCCGAACGCCCCGUCCGCUUGGAGCGGGCCAACGCCUUGAGGAUCUCGCCGGGGAAAGUGCCCGAAAUCCUGAGCCGCGUGCGCCAGAUCCGCCUCCUGGGCGGCCAGAGCGACCCCAAACUGACCGAGGAGGUGGGCGAGGGACACGUCUUCAGGUGCUGCACCCAAAGUCAACCGACCUGGUGCGAUCUGUGCGGGGAGUUUAUCUGGGGCGUCUACAAGAAGCGUCUGCAGUGCAUCCACUGCAAGUUCAUCUGUCAUUACCGAUGCCGUGCCCUAAUCCGGCUUGACUGCAGUGGCCCCAGAUAUCAAGACAACGAUCAGAAUGAAUGCAAUGAGCAGACAGUGGAAAAAGACACCAAUGUGGAUGAGCAGAUUGACUGGGAGAAACCUGUUCUGUCCCAAGUUGAGAUUGAGCAGAAGAUAAAAGAGUACAACAGCCAGAUCAACAGUAACCUCUUCAUGAGUUUGAACAAAGAUGGUUCCUACACUGGCUUCAUAAAGGUACAAUUAAAGUUAAUCCGGCCUGUCUCAGUACCUGCCAAUAAGAAGGCACCCUCCAUCCAGGACACCAGGAAGAGCUCCUCACGCAGCCAGGCUGUAAAGCGUCGCACCUCAUUCUACCUACCCAAGGACACAAUCAAGCACCUGCAUAUAAUUUCUUGUACACGUGCCAGUGAGGUCAUUGAGGCCCUGCUCAAGAAAUUCAUGGUAGUUGACAACCCCCGCAAGUUUGCCCUCUUUGAGAGAACAGAAAAGGAUGACCAAGUAUAUCUUCGCAAGCUUUCUGAUGAGGAGCAACCCCUGCGUCUCCGUCUGUUAGCUGGCCCUAGUGAAAAGGCACUUAGCUUUGUUCUGAAGGAGAACGAGACAGGAGAAGUCAAUUGGGAUGCUUUUAGCAUGCCUGAGCUACAGAAUUUCCUGCGCAUCCUGCAGCGUGAAGAAGAGGAGCAUGUUCGGCAGAUCCUGCAGAAAUAUGCCCGUUGCCGCCAAAAGAUGCAAGAGGCUCUGACGACUCGCACUCCGGGUUGACAAAGUGCUCCAUCCCAGACCCGGCACUCCAGAAAAUAUAAGAUACCGGAUGCAGAGAAGCAGUGAAGCCAAGUGGACUAAGAAUGAAGUGAUCCUGGGACUGUCUGUGGGCUGAAUGUAUCUCUGGAGGGGGUGGGGAAGGGACAACAGGGAUGUGUGGAUCUCUUUGUGAGCCCAUCAUUGGUGCAUGUGUGUGUGCUCCCCAUGGAGUGAGUGGUUAAUUGUGUUGUUGCAUGCAUGACACAAUGGGAUCAGGUAGGGAAGUAAAGAAGUGCCUGUGGGAUGCGUUUGAAGAACAGAACUUUAGAAGUACUGCUGUAGCAGCUGCUUUCAAAGUGCCAGGUUAUUAAUGCCACUGUUGCACCCACUGUAUCUACAGACCGACUGAGUGGUAUUAUCUGGGUGGUAUUAACUAGGCUUGGAUCUAGUGAUAACUUACAAUUUAACAUAAACAA